UUAGAACAUCUGAAGUCGUGCAGUCGCAUAGACAACAUCUGCAUUGAUUCUAAAAGAAUGGCUGGUUGGUUGAAGGUUCUCUUCCUUGUGUGCUUUCUUGUCAUAGCAGGUGUCGGAAGUGUGAAAGGCAAGGGGGUAUGUGGGACACUGAGUCCAGACCAAGAGGCCGUGCAGCUGGCGCCAUGUGCAGCGGCAGCAAGGGAUGGAAAGGCACCCGUUUCAAAGAGUUGCUGCCUUCAAGUAAAGAGAAUCGGGCAGAAUCCCCGGUGCCUCUGCGCUGUUCUGCUAUCUAAUGCUGCUAAGGCAGCUGGCGUCAAGCCACAAGUUGCUAUCUCAAUCCCCAAACGCUGUGGUUUUGCUCAUCGUCCUGUGGGAUAUAAGUGUGGACCUUACACCCUCCCUUAGCGGGAGGAGUCAGAAAUUUGGAGCAAAAUGGACUAUUACACUUGAAUAAGAAGGCAAUAGUUGCUGGUGUUUGUAGUGGAAGCAUAUCAGCUAAAAUAAAAGGCAGAGCCUUGUUUUGUAGAUGGAAAACAAGUUACCAUUUUGGUUCAUGUCAUGUGAUUCUUGAUCAGCUACAGCUUUUAUGUCGUAUCAUAUUCUAAACAACCAAAUAAAUGGCCACGUUCUUUA